GCAGCUUUUGGGCUCUCGGCAUCAGAAUCAAAGCGAUUUCCUUGGUAACACAGAAAUGUGUUAAGAUUUCAAUCAAAACCGAAUUCCAGCUUCUAAGGUUGCAGCUGUGGCUGCCCGGCAUCCCGUCCUAUGAUGAUUGCUGCAGCUUUUUUGGUUUUGCUGAGACCUUACAGUAUCCAGUGCGUCUUGUUGUUGUUAUUGCUCUUAUUGGGGACUAUUGCUACAAUUCUGUUUUUCUGCUGCUGGCACCGCAAGCUUCGUAAAGGCAAACAUCCUGUUAAAUCAGUGUUAUCUGGUCGUUCAAGGAGUCGUGAAGCUGGUCACCGGUCGCAUCAUUUUCGAUCAGAGGGUUACAGACAGAGUCCUCGCUACCUCAGAAGGCGUGCCAGAGCUCCAGUUGUAGAGGAGACCCAGCCCCUGGUGGAAAUUCCUGAAAGUGAGCAAGAAGUAGCAGUCAAGAAAAACAAAAUCAAGAAAAGGGUUCAACCAGAAUUUUAUCACUCUGUACAAGUUACACCAACACGCAAACCCAGUUCUGAGUCUGGGAACGCAUCUCAUCGCUGUUCUAUGUCUUCAUCUGCGGAUUUUUCUGAUGAGGAUGAUUUCAGUCAGAAAUCUGGUUCUGUUUCACCGGCGCCAGGAGAUACACUACCAUGGAAUCUACCUAGACAUGAGCGUUCCAAGAGAAAAAUCCAGGGAGGGUCCGUUCUGGACCCAGCGGAAAGAGCCGUUCUAAGGAUAGCUGAUGAGAGAGACAGGGUACAGAAGAAAACUUUUGCAAAAUGGAUAAACCAGCAUCUUAUGAAGGUACGGAAGCAUGUGAAUGAUCUGUACGAAGACCUUAGAGAUGGACACAACCUGAUCUCCCUGUUAGAGGUGCUAUCUGGGCAGACCUUGCCUCGAGAGAAAGGGAGGAUGCGCUUCCACAGACUCCAGAACGUACAGAUUGCACUUGAUUAUUUAAAGAAACGACAGGUCAAACUUGUGAACAUCAGAAAUGAUGAUAUAACAGAUGGAAACCCAAAGCUAACGUUGGGUUUGAUAUGGACCAUAAUUCUGCACUUUCAGAUCUCCGAUAUCCAUGUUACUGGGGAGUCGGAAGAUAUGACAGCUAAAGAGAAGCUGCUGCUGUGGUCUCAACAGACAACUGAAAGCUAUGCUGGUGUGCGAUGUGAAAACUUUACUACCUGCUGGAGGGAUGGGAGACUAUUUAACACCAUUAUUCAUAAAUACAGGCCGGACCUGAUUGAUAUGAACAUGGUUGCCACUCAGAGCAGUCGAUCAAAUUUGGAACAAGCCUUUUGUGUUGCUGAACAACUAGGAGUGGCAAGACUCCUCGAUCCAGAGGAUGUUGAUGUACAAUCGCCUGAUGAGAAGUCAGUUAUAACUUAUGUUUCAACACUGUAUGAUGCAUUCCCCAAAAUACCAGAGGGUGGAGAAGGCAUCACUGCACAUGAUGUUGACAUUAAGUGGGUGGAAUACCAGAACAUGGUGAAUUACUUCAGCCAGUGGAUAAGGCAUCACAUGACAAUAAUGUCAGAUCGAACAUUCCCAAACAAUCCUGUAGAACUCAAGGCACUUUAUAAUCAGUAUUUGCAGUUUAAAGAAACUGAAAUUCCACAGAAAGAGAACGACAAAACAAGAAUCAAACAUCUGUACAAACUGUUAGAGUCCUGGAUAGAAUUUGGUCGUAUCAAACUCCCACAAGAAUAUCACCCUAAUGAUGUAGAAAGAGAAUGGGGAAAACUUAUAAUUGCCAUGUUGGAGAGGGAGAAGAGUUUACGGCCUGAAGUGGACAGGCUUGAAAUGCUGCAACAAAUUGCAAGCAGAGUACAGCGUGGCUGUGUGGCUGGGGAAGAUAAGUUAAUGUUGGCAAGAAAUGCACUGCAGUCUGAUGCAAAAAGGUUAGAAUCCGGAAUACAUUUCCAGAACGAAGCCGAGAUUACAGGAUACCUGCUGGAGUGUGACAGCCUCCUUCGCCAGCAAGUUGUCGAUAUCCAGAUUCUUUUGGAUGGGAAAUAUUAUCUGGCCGAUCAGCUAGUGCAAAGGGUAUCAAAGCUUCGGGAUGACUUGCUAGCCCUCAAGUCUGAGUGCUCCUCUGUGUACAGCAGGGGACGCACUCUGUCCACAGAGCAGACCAAGAUGAUGAUUUCUGGAAUAACGCAGAGCUUGAACUCAGGUUUCUUACAGAACAUGAACCCGGGCUUGAACACAGGUCUGUCCCAGGGUUUAACACCUACCCUGACACCUGGAUUGAUGCCAGGUCUCUCCCCUGGACUCUCCUCCAGUUUUUCAUCAAGUCUGACUCCCUAUCUGACCCCUUCCCUCACCCCAGCCAUGACCCCGGGGCUGCAGCCAGCAUUGGUGCAGGGCUAUGUUACUGGAAUGGACUCCGCAGCACUGCAGUCCCUAAAACGAACGCAGAUCCGGAAACCCACAAUGAAAUCCUCACUCGCUGAUCCCAGUUUGACUGAGGAAGAAGUCAACAUGAAUUUUGUGCAAGAUCUUUUGAACUGGGUUGAAGAAAUGCAGGUACAAUUGGAUCGUUCAGAGUGGGGUUCAGAUUUGCCAACUGUGGAAACUCAUUUGGAGAAUCACAAAAGUGUACAUAGAGCAAUUGAAGAAUUUCAAGUGAGCCUUAAAGAAGCCAAAUUUAGUGAGAUCCAGAUGACAUCUCCCCAUAAACACAAUUACUCUGAGAGGUUAAGCAAGCUAGAAAAUCAUUAUGGCAAGCUGCUGAAUUCCUCUAGAAAUCGCCAGAAGUACCUUGAAAGCCUGCAUGAGUUUGUGUCAGGAGCCACGCGGGAGCUCAUCUGGCUGAACGAGAAGGAAGAGGAGGAGGUGGCGUACGACUGGAGCGACAGGAAUUCAAAUAUGGCAAAAAAGAGAGAUUACCAUGCUGAUCUCAUGAGAGAGCUUGAUCAGAAAGAGAGUGCUAUUAAGUCUGUUCAGGAUAUGGCCGAACAACUUCUACUUGAGAAUCAUCCAGCCAGGUUAACUAUUGAGGCUUACCGUGCUGCCAUGCAGACGCAGUGGAGCUGGGUCUUGCAGCUGUGCGGUUGUGUGGAACAGCACUUGAAGGAAAAUGCUGUCUAUUUUGAGUUUUUCAAUGAUGCCAAAGAAUCUAUGAAUUAUUUAAAUAAUUUACAAGAUACCAUCCAAAGAAAAUAUGGCUGUGACCGGACAAGCACUCUACAUAAAUUGGAAGAACUGGUUAAAGAAUCUAUGGAUGAGAAAGAACAGCUUUUGCAAUACAAGAGCACUGUGGCAAGUCUUGUUGGGCGGGCCAAAGGAAUAGCCCAGUUAAAACCUAGAAACCCUGACGGCAACAUCUGGAACUCCAUACCAGUGAAAGCCAUCUGCGACUAUCGACAGAUUGAGAUAACUAUCUUCAAAGAAGACGAGUGCAUACUGGCCAGCAACUCUUACCGAGCAAAGUGGAAAGUUAUAAGCCCAAAUGGAAAUGAGGCUAUGGUACCUUCUGUGUGCUUUACCAUUCCACCCCCAAACAAAGAAGCAAUUGGAACUGUCAGCAGAAUUGAGCAGCUUUAUCAGAAUGUCUUGACUCUGUGGCACCACUCCCAUAUAAACAUGAAGAGUGUGGUGUCGUGGCACUACCUCAUGAACGACAUUGAAGCUAUUCAAAAUAGCAAUGUUGCCUCAAUAAGGACCAUGUUACCAGGGGAACACCAACAGGUUCUCAGCAACCUUCAAAGUCACUUUGAGGACUUUCUUGAGGACAGUCAGGAGUCUGAAGUUUUCACCGUCUCUGACAGAGGGCAGCUGGAGAGAGAGGUUGUAAUCUGCAAGCAGUACUACAAGGACCUUCUGAAAUCAGCGGAAAGGGAGGAACACGAGGAAUCUGUCUACAACCUGUUUAUCUCAGAGGUGCGGAACUUCCGUACGCGUCUGGAAAACUAUGAGGAGCGCCUGAUCCGUCAGAUCUGUGCUCCGCUGGAGAGGGACGACCUGCAGGAGAGUGUGCGCAGGAUUGCAGAGCAGGAGAAAUCACAGAAAGAACUAGACAGACUCAAAGAGGAUCUGGAAACCAUACAAGAGAAGUGUGAGACGUUCAUCAGCCAAGCACCCUCGACACCAUCAGUCCCUACUCUGUCCACAGAACUCAAUGUUGUCGUCCAGAACAUGAAUCAAGUCUACUCCAUGUCUUCCAUUUACUUAGAGAAGCUGAAAACCGUAAGCCGGGUAGUGAAAAAUAGCCAAGGAGCAGAGGCCUUAGUGAAACUGUAUGAGACAAAACUGUGUGAGGAAGAUGCUAUGAAUGCUGAAACAAAAGCUACUGAGACUGUCGUGAGUACUCUGAAGCUGUGGUGCACAGAAAUCGAUGAAAAAAGAGAAGUGUUUCUCGAUUUGGAGGAUGAGCUACAGAAAGCCAGGGCUGUUAGUGAUCGGAUGUUCGAGAUGCAUAAUGAACGAGAUUUUGACUUGGACUGGCACAAAGAGAAAGCGGACCAGCUGGCAGAGAGAUGGCAGAACGUUCAUUCUCAGAUUGAAAACAGGCUAUGUGACCUGGAGUCUAUAUGCAAAUCUCUAAAGUACUACAAAGACACCUAUCACGCGCUAGAUGACUGGAUAAAGGAAAUGGAAGACACUCAAUUGAAGAUGCAAGAAAACCAGCCGGAAGACAGCAAAGCACUAGCUGAACUGCUGAACCGGCAAAAGGUCCUUGUUUCAGAAAUUGAAAUGAAACAAAGUAAAAUUGAUGAGUGUCAGAAAUACUCAGAGCAGUACUCAGCUGUGGUGAAGGACUAUGAGCUUCAGUUAAUGACCUACAGGGCAAUGGUGGAUUCACAGCAGAAGUCCCCAGUCAAGCGACGCAGGAUGCAGAGUUCAUCUGAUGUAAUCAUACAGGAGUUUAUGGACCUACGGACCCGCUACACUGCUUUGGUUACCCUCAUGACUCAGUAUGUGAAGUUUGCUAGUGAAACCUUGAAGAGAACAGAGGAGGAAGAGAAAUCUGUUGAGGAAGAGAAGAAAGAACAUGGUGAAAAAGUUAGCAAGUUGUUAAACUGGGCAUCGAAUAUGAAAAAAAACAUCAUUAAAGAAGAGAAGCUCUUGCAGGAUGACAAAAAUGUCUCAAAAGACACGUCUUAUAAGCCUCAGGUUUCAAUGGAAGAAGUAGCAACUAAGAAAGAACAAAUUGCUGAAGCUUUGAGGACGACUCAGUUAAUGUUGGUGAAACACAGUGACAAAAUGACAGAAGAAGAAAGACAAGAGACCAAAGAACAGCUAAAGUCUUUACAGCAGGCAUACAAUGAUUUAUCUCGGCAGUCUGUUAAUCAGCUGAAGCCUAAACCACAAAGCCUUCCUGCUGAACAGGAUUACCAAACCAUAGAAGGUCUUAUAAACCUGGAAACUGGAGCUGUCUUUUCAGUUUUUCGCUCUAUGCAGAAAGGUCUAAUUGACUACACUACUGCAAUCAAUUUACUUGAAGCUCAGUUGAUCACGUGUGGACUCAACUUACCAGAACUGAGCAUGUGUUUGGAUGUAGAUGAUGCUUUCAAGCAUGGUCUGGUUGACAAACAUACUUACAACCAUUUACAGGAAAUGAAUGAAGCUAAAAGGUAUGUUCUGAGUGCCAAGUAUGCAUCCGAACCUCUUCCAGUAAUUGCUGCUUUUAGAGAUGGAAUUAUCUCAGAACAACUAGCCAUUAGGAUGAUUGAAAUGCAACUGGCAUCCGGGGGUUUAAGAGUCACGUAUACAGGUGACAUUUUAAACCUAGAGAAGGCUUUCCAAAGUGGACUAAUUCCACCACCAUUGUUCCUGAAGAUUCUAGAACGAGAGGAUACAUGCAAAGACUUGAUUGACCCAAAUACAGCAGAAAGGGUCUCACUAAUACAGCUUGUGCAGAGGAGUUUGGUUCAUGAAGAGAGAGGUCUGAGAUUGUUGCCAGUGAAGAAAGGAGAAGAUGGUAAAAUAGCUUUAAAAUCCGGUAGAGAGGUCAGCAUAUUGCGGGCUGUUCAUGAAGGCCUUAUUGAUCGGGAAACCAUGUUCAGACUGCUGGGAGCUCAGCUAUUUGCAGGAGGUAUUAUGGAUCCCACAACAAAUUGUAAACUAAACGUGGAGGAGGCAGUGCAAGAAGGCCUGAUUGAUCAAGACACUGCCUGCGGAAUAUUGAGCUAUCAGGCCCAAAAUGGUGGAAUCGUCAAUCCUUGCUCUGGUGAUAGAUUAACUGUGGAUGAAGCUGUUCAAUGUAAUUUAAUAACACCCAGCAGUGCUCUAUUAGUGCUGGAAAAACAAAACGCUUUUAUGGGUCUUAUCUGGCCUUGUUCGGGUGAAAUCCUCACUGUUUCAACUUCCAUACAGCAUGAGGUGAUUACAAAUGAACUUGCUUAUAAAUUGCUAAGUAACAGACAGAAAAUAGCAGCACUAUAUAUUCCAGAGAGCUCUGAGGUAGUAAGUAUUGAAGAUGCAACCAAGUCAGAGGUAAUAGACAGCAAUACUGCAGGUGUUUUGAAUUCUAUAGUGAUACCUGAUGUCAUUCCCGAUAUAGAUGAUUUAGAAGAAAAGAUUGCAACUUGGGUUUCUUCAUGUGACCUUCAGCUUGCUAAUUCUCAUGAAUUGCAACAGAAUCAAGAAAUAUCUGAAUUGAAAAAUAGAAAUUUACCAUCGCCCUCAGAAGCCAAACAACUAUUUAUAUCCUAUUUAAUGAUAAAUAGUUAUAUGGAUCCAAAAUUAGGACAGAGGCUGUUGGUAUACGAUAGAGAGUUAGCUAAAAUAACCACACUUUUCACAGAUAAUGCUGAAAAAUUCCACAAUACUAUGCCUUGUCUCAAACAAUCUAGUGUCAGUAUAGACAAACAUGACUGCACCAAGGCUGUAGAAAACCAUGUAAGUGAACAGCCUGCAGGCACACAUGAAAAUAGAAUUGAUAAAGAACCAAAUACCAUGUCUAACCAGCAUUUUCCAAGACAGGUGCAGGAACAGUUUAUUUCAAGAUUACAUGAUUGCUUUUCUGAAGAAACAGAAAUCUAUAAACACAGUGACAAUAAGACACAAGUAGACAAUGCUGAAGUGUAUAACGCAGUGAACUGCAGUGAAGACAGUGUUGCAAAACAAACUCAUUCUGUAAGUGCUGAUAGGUCUGUAGCUGUUUUGCCUUCAAAAGCCAAAGAUCAAUCACAAAUACAGUUCCAGACCCAAAACCAUCACCUAAUCACUAAUGCAAAUACUGAAGGACAAGAUCAUCUAUUUAACCAAAAACGCAUGAUUGAAACUGGUUUAGAUGGACCACACACAUACAAAGAAAUGUCAGUGAGAAGUGAUACUAAAGAAACAAUAUUUGAUGGUGAUUUUGAUAUGCUACCUCAUAUGAGAGAAUGCAGCCUGUAUAAAGACGCUGAAUGUAACUCAUUUGCAAGUGUGUCCAGUAACAUAAACAACCAGGUAUUAAAAAUAGCCAAUGAUUGUGAAUGUCAAAAAGCUGACUUGGAAUUCUCAGGGAAGACAGAUAUGUUUACUAAAGGAUUGGGGAAUGAUGAAGAAGAGAACCUGUUGUUUUUGACCGAUGUUGAAAAGGGAACGUUAGAGCAACAGAAUGCUGCAAACAUUCUCAAAGUUCAGUUGGAAGAAGGUGGCAUUUUGGAUUAUGUUACUGGUGAGCAGUACAAUCUUGAUACAGCCUUAGAAAUGGGUCUUGUUGACAAGGAUGCUGUAUUAGAUGUGUUAGCUUUGCAGCUCCAGGGUGAACAAACAGGCGAAACUUUACCACUUAAGGAAGUUGUGGCAAAAGGACUGAUACCAAGCCAUGUGGGACUUCAGAUCGAGGAAAAGCUGUGUCUACUGGAUAGGUCUUAUGAAUCAAAAACUGGAGAAACAAUUACUAUCAAUGAUGCUAUGCAACAAGGUCUGGUUGAUAAUGAUGUUAUAGAAAAAGCCCUACUUUCUGAGAAGGCUAUCUAUGCCACAAUUGACCCAGAGAGCAAUGAUUUGCACAGUGUGCCAGAAGGAGCAAUACUUGGUCUUUUAAAUGAUAGCACAGCACAGAGGCUGUUGGAAGGUCAGAUCUUGUCUGGUGGAAUUGUAGAUCUUGAGCAAGGAAAACAGGUAUCAGUGACUUUGGCAUCCAAACCUGUGCUUAUAGAUGAGCAUCUUGGUGAAGGGCUUCCAAAAAUGGAAGAAGCAAUAACUGGAAAAGAAGUAGAUUCAAUAAAACUGAAGCAGAUGAGCCUGCAGAUGGAACUCAGUGGUAUGCAGGACUCUGAGGUACAACAACUCUUACCUCUCACUGAAGCUAUAGAAAAAGCACUAGUGGUUAAAGACAGAGCCUUCUCCAUUUCAUGUGAACAAUUAGAAGAUGGUGGGAUCGUUCAGCAUGCAUCAGGCUUGUGUUUGUCAGGGCGGGAUGCUCUUAAGCAUGAAUUAAUUGAUCAGAACAUGGUUUAUGAGCUAUCUAAAUUAGAAAACAAUAUUUGCAAAAACACUCCACCAGAAACAUUUGAGAACUGUUCACAUGAAGUAUCACAAGAAACAGUUGAAUAUGCGGAUGGAGAUAAGUUUAAUGAGCAUGUUGUUCCACAUUCUGAUUGUAUCAGUGGCAAUUCAAUUGACAUGCAGUCUGGAAAAAGAUACCUAGAUUUAAAAACGUGCACAGAGGCUGAAUACACAGGGCAGAAUGUGCAGUUGAAAAAGUCUGGUGUAGCUUUUGAGUCAAACAUUAUCCAAAAUGGCAACCAGGAACACAAUGAAUCAGAUAGGUCUUCCCUGUCACAUGACAAUAAACCUUCUGAUCCAAACACAUUUGAAAAUACAUCCAGUGAAACAGAAGGUACGUCAUCUUUAUGUGGUUCACUGACUCAAACAAAUUACCUGAAAGAAAGAGUAGACAGUAUUAAAACAGAAACUGAAAUGUUCACGUCCCACACUAGUGAUUCAGGUUCAUUGAUCCGAAAGGAAAAGUGUAAAGAGAACUUCAUGGAUACCAACAUACUUUGCUAUCCUAAUGUAUCUGAAUCUGAUAAUACAGGAUUUUGCCAAGCAGAGAUAGGUAGUCUUAAAGAGAGAGAUUGUGAAAGUGCUUCAUAUGUCUUAGAUAAUCUUGCACAUACAUCCCCUAGCACUCAAAUAAAAUACAAAGUACAGGAUAAUAGAGAGAAUUUAGAAGUUAAUGUGAGUAUGACAGAGGCCUGCACUGAUCCACAGGUGGAAAAUGUUGCAGAAAUAGCUUUAAUCGUGAGAAAGCAGUAUUUGCAAGAUGGUUUUAAGAUAAGUAGUGAUAUGAUCAAUUGUAUUCAGGGUGGUGCAAUGGACCAGUUGCCUGAUGUAUCUGAAAAAACUAUUUUGAGAGAUAGUAAUGAUUCAGUUCACAGCAGAGUUGUUAUAGAUGAUGAUUGCACAGAGAGUAAAAGUAUGGCUACCAAUGUGGAUUUAUCCACUCAACUUACAGAUUCUGUUGGUAAACUGGCAGUCAAGUCUUACGUCAGUAGCAUUACAGAUAGCUCUGCAUCCUCUCAUCAAACUUCUGAUGUAGUAUGUAGUAAACUAAGGUCAAGUUUGCAGGAGUUGGUAAAAAUAACUGUGGAGGAUACUAAUGCAAAGGUCUUACAAAAAGCUGAACCUCAGGUAGUUGAGGAUAUAAUCAGAAUGAUAAUAAAUAUUCAAGAGUCCAGUGCUGAGAAGAAUGCAGUUCCAAGUGAUGAGGAGAAAGGACCACAAUUAAGUCACAUUGACAGAAAAAGUCCUGAUGUUCUUACUGAUUUCUUGAAACAAGAGGCCCUCCACUCAAAGGCCAAUGAACAGCUUGGGGCAAAGAAAGACUUGGCCUUAAAAGAGAAAAUGCAUGAGACAGAUCGUUCAGCUGCUGCAGAACUGAUCCAGUCACAACUGCAGCAGGUCCAACUGGCUGCAUCUCUUAAUGAUGACCCAGCAAUGUUCAGAGAGUUGGCUGGCAAGCUCAGGGAUAUUCUUGGAAGAAAUCUAGAAUGUGAAAGGAACCAAACUCCUGGAAAUGCUAGAGACAGAAGCAAGCAGGUUGCUGCAGCUGUAAAUGAACCUCUAAGCGAUGAUGUGCCGGAGUUCUGUUACCUAACAGAAACUGUCAAAGCACUGUGUAAGCAAGAAACAGUGGAACAAAUCCCUGCUGAUUUGUAUGAAGAUAAGCAGAGCCCCCAGAAUAAAACUGAAACUAAAGAAGAGCCUAAAUCAAACGGUAUUACACAGCAUUAUUUGAAGUGCAUCGGUAAGCUACAGGAUCAUUCAGAUGUACUUGAAAAUCUGAAAAAUGAACUGGACAGUCUAGAACCUCUUGGCAACAACUUGGACACGUUAACAAUUCAGCUUGAAGAAUCAGAGUUGCUAGAAUCACAGCUUUCUUCACUGGCUGGCACUCUAACCAAAGAUCUGAAGACGACGGAUCAAUUAUUAGAGUCUGCGAAUGAAUAUGUUCCCACUCAAAUAUGCGGCGAUCUGGAAGUGGUUUCUAAAGAUUUGCAGCUUGCUUUCUGUGAUGCUUGCAAAAUGUCCACAGAAAGAAGACAUUUAGUAGAAGAAGCUAUUUACUUGGAAAAGUCUAAAUUAGCAUAUUCAAACCAAGAACUGCUUGAAAGGGUUCAGAAGCUUUCCGUUUGUAUUGAAGAAAGUGCUGGAAGCAUUGCAAACCUUGAUAUCAUGAACACUGAUGAUCUGGAAACCAUCAAGCUCAGAAUUCAGCAAAACAAGGACUUAGAUAAAGCCUUGUGUAUCACAAAAAACCAGCUAGAUGCAACAGCAUUUGAUGUUCAGUACUUCAUAUCUGAACAUGCCCAAGAUCUCUCUCCCUCCCAAAGCAAGCUGCUGCUGAAGUCUCUUAACGCUGCUCAGAAGUCAUUCAAAGAACUAAUGGAAAUGGUUUCUACACAACAAGACACUCUGACGCUUCAUCUAGAAAUAAGACAAGACCUGAGUAAUCAGAAGAGUGUUGCAGAAAAGCAAAAGGAAUACACAGAAAAACUGCAAGAGUUGUGUCAUCACUUGACACAGACAGAGAACAGGCUUAUUGGCCAUCAGCAAACUACCAUUAGUGGAGAUAGUCUGGGUGACCUACAGCAGCUUCAGACAGAGUAUCAGGCCUUGCAAAUUGAUGUACAGGCUGGAGACAGUGCCCUAACAGAGGUAGUGAGAAGUACUAAGAGGUUCUUGGAAGAGAACAGAGACAAGCUGCAGCCAGAGCAAAUUGCCAUGAUUGAGAACAAACUGGAGGAAGCGAACAGCAAAUCAAAACUGCUCAGUCAGCGGGCCGAGGAGUCAAGGAAGGACCUGGACAAGGCGAUGACAACAGCUAUCAAGCAAGAAACUGAAAAGGUGGCAGCAGUGGAGCAGCUAGAGGAGAGCAAGAACAAAAUCGAAGGACUAUUGGGCUGGUUGUCUAACGUAGGAAAGGAAAAGGACAUGGAAGGAAAUCUAGAACAGCAGAUGGCCAAACAGAAUGGGAACCUUCCCCUGGAAAGCUCAGACACGUUGGUGAUUGUAGAGGAGGAUGAAGAAAAUGGAAACCUGCAGCAGGUCCAGACAGGAACUGUUGUGGAUGGAAAAAGGAAAGCCACAGAAAUAUUAGAUUUAAACAAGCAGUAUGAAAAGGUCAAGGCUCAUCAUCAGGACAUCUUGUCCCAGCAACCGGACUUUAUUAUUGCUACUCAGUCUGCCCAGGCCCUGCUUGAGAAACAGGGUCACAUGCUUUCUCCAGAAGAGAAGGAAAAGCUGCAGAGGAACCUCCAAGAGCUGAAGGAUUGCUACAAAACUACUUUGACCAAGACGGAGCACAAAAUGAAGCAGAUCCAAUCGGUACAAGAAGAACUUCAGAAAUUCCAAACCGAUUGUAGCGAAUUUGAAAACUGGCUGCAGCAAUCUGAGGGUGAAAUCACAGACCUAAAGACAGGAGUGUCUGACCUUGGUGCUCUGAACGGCAAGCUUCAAAGACAGAGAAGCUUUUCGGAAGAUGUGAUCUCUCACAAAGGAGAUCUGAGGUUCAUCACUAUCUCUGGACAAAGGGUGUUGGAUGCGGCCAAAUCAUGUAGCAAAGCAGAUACUAGCAAGGACUCUGAACUGGACGUAGAUACAUCUGGAGUCUGUACUGUAGUGCAAGACCAACUGGACUCUGCAGCAAAUCGCUACAAAACUCUUCACUCCCAGUGUAACCAGCUGGGAAACAACCUCAAAGAUGUGGUAGAGAAAUACAGACAGUAUGAAGAUGCCUCAACUGGCCUUGGAUCGUGGUUAGAACAGUCCGAAGAUGUUGCGAGAAAACAGCUGGCAGAACCUGUUGCUGCUGAUCCAAAAAAUCUUCAAAAGCAGCUUGAGGAAACCAAGGCUCUUCAGGGACAGAUGUCAGGGCGUCAAGGUGCUGUGGAGAAGUUGCGGAAAACAGCUGAUGCUCUCAUUGCAACAGAGGGGGACUUGUUGGCAAAUCAAAAUACAAUCCAAGAAACAGUGGAUAGUAUCGUAGAGAGGUAUGAUAACCUUUCCAAGGUGGUGAAUGAUCGAAAUGAGAAGCUGCAGAUCACUUUGACACGGUCCCUGAGUGUGCAGGAUGGGUUGGAUGAAAUGUUGGACUGGAUGGAAGGUGUUGAGAAGAGCCUUGGAGAAAAAGAUCAAGUUCCUCUGAACUCGACUGCUAUCCAAGACAUGCUCAGUAAAAAGGCUGUAUUAGAGCAAGAUAUUUCAAUUCGUCAGAGCAGUAUCACUGCCAUGAAAGAGAAGGUAAAAAAGUUCAUUGAGACAGCAGACCCGUCCACUGCUUCCUCUCUGCAAGCAAAAAUGGACACCCUCUCGAAAUGCUUCACUGAUUCCUGCAAGAAACACAAAGAGAAGGUCACCAAACUAGAGGAGCUGAAGGACAAGGUGGAGCUGUUUGAAAAGACAGCACAGAAAGUCCAGCAGUUUGUGGCCAGAAGAUCUCAGGCCCUGUCUGAGACAGAUGGGCCUGGGAAGAAUGUCAGUGAACUUUCACAGUUAAUGCAGGACACAAAUGCUGAGUUAUUAGACCAUGCCAAGGAUGUUGAACUUCUACGGAAUCUGUCUAAGGAACUGGCAGAGGCUAGCCCUGAGGAAAGCAAUGUCCGCAUUCUUGAAAAAGUGGACAAUCUUUCAAAGAAAUUCAAAGAGUUUGAGGACACAUUUAAGGAGAAAGAAGAAGAAGUUUCUUCUUGUCAAGGGCAGUUGGCGGAAUUCAAGUGUGCCGUUGAGUCUUUCAGAAAAUGGCUAGAUGAGUCGACAGAGAAGAUCCCUGUUGUGAAACCAGUUUGUAAUGUGGAAGACCAUCAGAAACAUCUACUGAAAGCAAAGGCCUUAUUGGAGGAAUGGUUAUCCAAGGCUUCUAUACUUCAAGAGAUUAACAACAAAGGAUCUGCACUUUGUAACUUAAUAAUUGUCCUGACAUCCCCUGUGAAAACCAAGACAACAGCAAAAUCAGGCACAGCAGUGGUAAAUGAUGCUGAAACUCAUGCCUAUCUAACCAAUAAAGAGCUGACAGUUGUCCAGCAAAAUAUGUCAUAUGUCAACCAUGGCUAUGAAAAUCUGGGGGUUCAUCUAAAGGAGAACGUUGGUGAACUAGAUGGUAUGCUUGUCAAGCUGCAAGAAGUGCAGGAUGAAGUAAACUCAGUCAUGCAAUGGUUUGAUGACAUAAAUAAAACCACAGCAUCUUGGGAUGCCAUAUCUACUGAGGCUGAAUCCAUGAAAACACAGAUGGAACAACAAAAGAUGUUUGAAGCAGAGUUGAAACAAAAACAGGGACAACUCCAGCAGUUGAAAGAAAAGCUGUUAGACCUGCUUGAGAAGCACCCAGACUCUCCCGAAGCUGCAAAAUGGAAGCAGAUGUUGGAUCAGAUAGAUUCCACAUGGAAAGACGUAAACAGCUUAAUGGAUGAGAGAAAGCAGAAGCUGGAGGAGUCAUCCAAGAAUCUUACCCAGUUCCAGACAGCUGAGGCUCAAUUAAAGCAAUGGCUUGCAGAGAAGGAGCUAAUGAUGAGUGUGCUGGGCCCUCUCUCAAUAGAUCCAAAUAUGUUAAAUGCACAAAAGCAACAAGUUCAGAUUCUGCAAAAUGAAUUUGACACACGCAAGUCUCAAUACAAUCAACUGAAGAAAUCAGCAAAGGGCAUCUUGGAGAGGCCAGGAGAUCUUCCUCCAUCGUGCAAGAUCUUGAAGGAUCAACUGGCUGCUGUUGCAGAGAAAUGGGAAAAUCUGACAGGACAGCUGAGUGGCAGGUCAGAGCAAAUCGACCGGGCUAUUGUCAAAACAAACGAAUUCCAGAACCUGCUAAAAAAGAUUUCAGAAAAUGUGGAUGCCUUGAACAGUAAAUUAAACAGCCAGUCUUCUCUGAGCACCCAGCCUGAUGCUGUUAAACACCAGCUAGAAAUGGCAACCGAAAUCUGUACCAAGCUUGGGGAAGAAAAGAAGAGUGUUGAGGAGGCUGAAGUUCUGUGCAAAGAGCUGUCUUCUUUAGUCGGUGAAGAAUACCUGAAAACAGAUCUUAGCAGACAGCUGGAAAGUGUCAGCAAGCCAUUUAAAAACCUUGAAGAAAGAACAGGGAACUGGAUACAGCAGCUUAAUUCUGCGUUCGCCAGCUCACAGCAGUUCCAUCAGAUGUCCAAAGAUUUCCAUGGUUGGUUGGAUGGAAAAAGACAGGAGCACUCAAUGUCACCCCUAAUAUCUGCUGAACUUGAAACUCUGCAACAGACUAUCAAGGACCAUGCUGAAUUCCAGAAGUCUUUGGACGAGCAAAAUGCAGCAUAUGAAAAAGUAAUAAAGGAUGGAGAGACUCUGUUACAAAAGACACAUGGGGCUGAGAAGUCGGCUUUACAAAGCCAGCUUGCCUUGCUUAAAGCCAAUUGGGAUGAAUUAAAAAAACAAUCCUCAGAGCGGCAGGACAAUUUGCAAGUAUGCCUUCAAAGAGUUCAGAAGUACAAAGAACAUGCAGAAAAACUGAGUCCAUGGAUUGAAGAAUGUGAAAAUAAAGUAGCCAAAGUAAAGAUUUGCAUUGACCCAGCAGAAGUUGAGAGCUCCAUCUCCCAGAUCAAAACAUUACAGAAGGACCUAGACAAGCACCGUGGAAUGGUGGAGUUGUUAAAUACUGCUGCCGACAGCUUGUUUGAAGUCUCGCAAGCUGACGAAGAUUUAAUCAGAGAUGAGAAGGCUUCCUUCAACCAGAAGGUUGAAAACAUGAUGGAGCAACUUCAAAACAAGAAAGAUUCCUUGGAAGAGAUCGCACAGCGCCUCAAGGAGUUUAAUGAGUCUCAUAAACAAGCUGAAGAGCAGCUGUAUGGUGCCAAGAAGCAACUUGAGGCCCAUGAGUCUCUGGGAGCUCAGGCUUACAACAACAAACAUCUAACCAACAUGAAGGCACAGCAGAAAACACUUGAGACCCUAAAGACCCAGGUAGAUUAUCUGAUAAACCUUGCACAGGGACUGGUGGUUGAUGCCCCAGGUGUAGCAGGUGUAUCUAACCUUCUAUUACAGACAGACUCUCUUAACCAGGAGUACAAUUCUGUAAACCAGCAGGUGGAAGAGAAGUGCUCAUUUCUGGAAACCAAGCUCCAGGGAAUCGGACAAUUCCAAAACAACAUCAGGGAAAUGUUCUCCCAGUUUGCAGAUUUUGACGACGAGCUAGACAGCAUGCAACCAGUGGCCCGUGACCUGGACACUUUGCAGUCACAGAAGGAUGACAUCAAGAGUUUUGUGAACAAACUUCAGGAGCUGAUGGUCAACACGGUGAAUGCCAAGAAAAACUGCAAAAAGAUGCUAGAGACAGAGGGGUCUCCAGAUCUGAUGGGCUUGAAGAGGGACCUGGAAGCUUUAAACAAGCAGUGCAGUAAAUUGAUGGACAGAGCUAAAGGGAGAGAAGAACUAGUUGGAACCACUCUCACCCGUGUUGAUGAAUUAUACAACAAGAUUAAGGAACUCUCUGAAAAACUUCUGGUAGCUAAAGAGCAUGAGGAAUCUCAAGGGCCAGUUGGAAUGGAGACCGAGCUUAUUAAUCAGCAGCUAAAUGUCUUCAAGGUAUUCCAAAAAGAAGAGAUUGAGCCUUUGCAAGCUAAGCUACAAGAUGUUAACUGGCUGGGUCAGGGCCUUAUACAGAGUGCUGCUAAAAAUGCCAACACCCAGGCUCUCGAAGGUGAUCUCGAGGAUGUUACCACAAGAUGGAAUACACUCAACAAAAAGGUUGCAGAAAGGGACACCCAGUUGCAUGAAGCACUACUGCACUGUGGGAGGUUUCAGGAUGCCCUUGAAUCUCUGCUCGGCUGGCUGAAUGAUACUGAAGAUCUUGUUGCCAAUCAAAAGCCACCUUCCGCCGAGUUCAAAGUAGUUAAGGCUCAGAUUCAGGAACAAAAACUUCUGCAAAGGCUAUUGGAUGACCGUCAACCAACUGUGGAUAUAAUAAAACGAGAGGGAGAAAAAAUGUCUGGGGCUGCAGAGCCGGCAGAUAUGGAAAAGAUGCUGAAAGAACUUGGCAGUCUUGGUUGUAGGUGGGAUGCACUGCUGAGCAAGGCAGAGACAAGGAACCGACAGCUGGAAAGCAUCCUAGUGGUAGCACAGCAGUUCCGUGAAACACUGGAGCCCUUGGCAGAGUGGCUUUCUGCCACUGAAAAAAGACUGGCAAACUCAGAACCCAUUGGAACUCAGACUAAGAAAUUAGAGCAGCAAAUUUCACAGCACAAGGCCUUAGAAGAUGAUAUUAUGGGUCACAGUAAAAACUUACACCAAGCUAUUAGUCUUGGCCAGACACUUAAGACAAUGAGUUCCAUCGAUGACAAGGGAUUGGUGCAGGGCAAGCUGGAUUCAAUACAGACUCACACCAUUGAAGUCCAGGAGAGAUGUAGCAGGAAAGCAGCCAUGCUGCAGCAGGCCCUCUCUAAUGCCCGGCUCUUUGGAGAAGAUGAAGUUGCACUAAUGAAUUGGUUAAAUGAAGUACAUGACAAACUGAGUAAUGUGGCAGUCCAGGACUACAGCACUGAUGUACUUCAUAAACAGCAUUAUGAACAACUGGUUCUUCAUGAGGACAUUGUGCUCAGGAAACAAAAUGUUCACCUGGCUAUUCAAAAUGGCUUGGAACUUUUGAAACAAACAACAGGUGAUGAAGUUGUUAUUAUUCAAGAAAAACUGGAUGGUAUCAAAGCCAGAUAUGCAGAAAUCAAUUCAAUGAGCACCAGUGUUUCAAAGUCACUCAAUCAAGCUCUAACGCUUGCAACCAAACUGCAGCAAAACCACAAACAGCUGUGCAGUUGGCUUGAUAACAUUGAAGCAGAAGUGGCUGCUUAUGAAGUUCAGGUCACUGCACGAGAACAGCUGACCCAAGUACAAGAGAGACAAAAAGAGCUCCUGAAAGAUGCAAAGGGGCACAAGAGGUUGGUGGACACUCUAAAUGAGGUAAGCAGCGCUCUGCUGGAGCUGGUGCCCUGGAGAGCACGGGAGGGACUGGACAAACUGGUGUGUGAAGACAAUGAGAGAUACAGACUAGUGAGAGACUCCAUCAUGCAGCAUGUGGAAGAAAUAGCUGCUGCUAUUUUGAGAUCACAGCAGUUUGAACAUGCAACUGAGGUGGAGCUUGAGUGGCUAACUGAUGCAGAAAAGAAACUGGCAUCACUUGGAGAUGUCCGACUUGAGCAAAACCAGACUGUAGCUCAGUUACAAGUUCAAAAGGCAUUCUCUAUGGACAUUUUAAGACAUAAGGAUGCCAUUGAUGAAAUUGUGAAAACUAGGGAGGCAGUAAUCAGCAGCAGCGAUGAAGAGGAGAAACAAUCCUUACAGGAUAAAGUUCAAACUCUUCUGGAGAAAUAUGAUGCUGUCAGCCAUAUGAAUGCAGAAAGAUGUCUACAGCUUGAGCGUGCUCAGUCAUUGGCCAGUCAGUUCUGGGAGACCUAUGAUGAGCUGUGGCCCUGGCUGCAGGAAACGAGGAGUGUGGUCUCCCAGCUUCCUGCUCCUGCCAUUGAAUAUGAAACCUUAAAACAGCAGGAAGAAGAAUUGAGGCAAAUGCGUGAGCUGAUUGCAGAACACAAGCCUUAUAUCGACAAGAUGAACAAGACCGGGCCCCAGCUGUUGGAGCUAAGCCCUGUUGAAGGCCUUUCCAUCCAGGAAAAAUACACAGUGACUGACAAGCUUUAUAUGCAGAUAAAAGAAGAUGUUAAACAGCGAGCGGUAGCUUUGGAUGAAGCCAUUUCUAAGUCAACCCAGUUCCAUGACAAGAUUGACCCAAUGAUGGAGACUCUAGGACGGAUAGUGGAGCGCUUGAGGCAGCCCCCUUCCAUCUCUGUGGAGGUGGAGAAAAUUAGAGAGCAGAUCAGCGAGAAUAAAAAUGUGUCUGUAGAUCUGGAGAAGCUUCAGCCUGGAUAUGAAACUCUGAAACAACGUGGGGAGGAGAUGAUUGCACGCUCUGAGGGGGCUGACAAAGAUAUAUCCGCUAAAGCUGUGCAAGACAAGUUAGACCACAUGGUGUUCAUGUGGGAAGAUAUCAAGGCCCUUCUCGAAGAAAGAGAAGCCAAGCUCUUGGAUGUGAUGGAUCUAGCUGAGAAAUUCUGGUUUGACCACUGUGCACUCAUAGUCACCAUCAAGGACACACAGGAUCUCCUGCGAGACUCGGAGGAGCCUGGGACCGACCCUUCAGUGGUGAAACAGCAGCAGGAGUCUGUAGAGAGCUUUAAAGAAGAAAUAGAUGGAUUACAGGAAGAGCUUGAUGUAGUUCAGAACCUCGGAAAUGAAUUGAUGGCUGUCUGCGGGGAGCCUGACAAGCCUGUAAUCAAGAAGAGCAUUGAUGAGCUCAAUUCUGCUUGGGACAACCUGAACAAGAACUGGAAGGAAAGAGUGGAAAUACUAGAGGAGGCCAUGCAGUCUGCUGUUCAGUUUCAGGAUGGACUGCAGGGGUUAUUUGACUGGGUGGAUAUUGUGGAGAGUAAACUUGAUUCCAUGUCACCUGUUGGCACUGACCUAGAGACUGUCAAACAACAAAUAGGGGAACUGAAGGAAUUCAAGUUGGAAGCCUACCAACUACAGAUAGAGAUGGAGAGGCUUAACCAGCAGGCAGAGAUGCUGUUGAAGAAAGUUGUUGAUGAAAGCGACAGACAUCCCAUUACGGAACCUUUAACUGAGCUCAGAAUGCUGUGGGACAGCCUUGAUCAGAAGAUUAUCAACAGACAGCACAAACUGGAGGGAGCGCUGCUGGCUCUGGGGCAGUUCCAGCAUGCCUUGGAUGAGCUGCUGACAUGGCUGACACACACAGAAGACUUACUGAAGGAACAGAAAAAAACAGGAGGAGACCCCAAAGCUAUAGAAAUUGAACUCGCCAAGCAUCACGUGCUCCAGAAUGAUGUGCUGGCCCACAAAACCACGGUGGAAGCUGUUGAGAAAGCAGGAAAUGAUUUGAUUGAGUCCAGUGCUGGGGAGGAAGCUAGUAGCCUCCGGAGCAAGCUGGAAAACUUGAAUCAGCGAUGGAAGACAGUCCUGGAAAAAACAGGACAGAGGCGGCAACAUCUGGAAAGCGCUCUGCUCCAGGCCCAGGGUUUCCAUGGCGAGAUUGAAGAUAUGCAGAAGUGGCUUAAAGACACUGAACGUCAGCUGUUAGCAUCAAAGGCUGUUGGUGGUUUACCAGAAACGGCUCGAGAGCAGCUUAAUAUCCAUUUGGUUAAACUAGAGGAAGCCUUGACCUUGGCCACAGAGUUCCAUAACUCCCUUCAAGACUUCAUCAACUGGUUAACCCAGGCUGAGCAAACUCUAACAAUGGCCACACCAGCAAGCCUUAUCUUGGAUGACAUCUUGUUUCAGAUUGAUGAACAUAAGGUCUUUGUCACUGAGGUAAAUUGCCACAGAGAGCAGAUAAUGGAGCUGGACAAAACUGGAACCCACUUGAAAUACUUCAGUCAGAAGCAGGAUGUUGUCCUCAUUAAGAACCUGUUGAUCAGUGUACAGAGCCGCUGGGAGAAGGUUGUCCAGCGAUCAGUGGAGAGGGGGCGAGCACUAGAUGAUGCCAGGAAACGUGCCAAGCAGUUCAAUGAAGCCUGGAACAAGCUAAUGGAGUGGCUUGAGGAAUCAGAAAAGGCCCUGGAUUCCGAGCAGGAAAUCGCAAACGAUCCAGACAAGAUUAAGAUGCAGCUGGCACAGCAUAAGGACUUUCAGAAGGCCCUUGGAGGCAAACACUCAGUUUUUGACACUUCAAUCAGAACUGGACGCGCUUUGAAGGAAAAGACCUCUCUUAAAGAUGACAUCCAGAAACUGGAUGACAUGCUCAGUGAACUGAAAGACAAAUGGGACACUGUCUGUGGUAAAUCUGUGGAAAGGCAAAAUAAACUGGAAGAAGCUCUGCUGUUUUCAGGACACUUCACCGAUGCUCUGCAGGCUCUAAUUGAUUGGUUGUACAAAGUAGAGCCCCAGCUUGCUGAAGACCAGCCAGUUCAUGGAGAUCUAGACCUUGUAUUGAAUCUGAUAGAUAACCACAAGGUCUUCCAGAAAGAGCUAGGUAAAAGAACUAGCAGUGUCCAGGCUUUGAAACGCUCAGCACGGGAACUAACUGAAAUCAGUCACGAUGACUCUUCAUGGGUCAAAGUGCAAAUGGUGGAGUUGAGCACCCGCUGGGAGACUGUGUGCGCUCUCUCUGUGUCCAAACAAACACGACUGGAAAAAGCUCUCUGUCAGGCAGAGGAAUUCCAUUCCACCGUGCACAUCCUGUUGGAGUGGCUCGCUGAGGCUGAGCAGAGCUUUCGUUUCCAUGGUGCCCUCCCAGAUGACGACGAGGCUUUGUGUGCACUUCUUGAUCUACACAAGGAGUUUAUGAGGAAACUCGAAGAAAAAAGAGUGGGGCUGAGCAAAGCUACAGGUUUGGGGGAAGCGAUCUUGAACAUCUGCCAUCCAGACUCAAUUACCACAAUUAAACACUGGAACACCAUCAUCAAAGCCAGAUUUGAGGAGGUGUUAGCAUGGGCUAAGCAGCACCAGCACAGGAUAGGAAGUGCUCUGAAGGAAUUACUUGCUAAUCGGGAGUUGUUGGAGACCCUGCUAGGCUGGCUGCAGUGGGCAGAGACAACACUUAAUGAGAAGGAUAAGGAGACCAUCCCACAGCAAAUAGAGGAAGUCAAGACACUCAUUGCUGAACACCAGACCUUUAUGGAAGAAAUGACAAGGAAGCAACCCGAUGUUGACAAGUUAACAAAGACAUACAAAAGGAGAGGUGCAGCAGAACCUACCCCCAGCCAGUCCAACAUCCCUGUCCUGGAAAAAGGAAGAGGAAAAAGAAAACGGUCCCCUAUGCAAAGGAUGUACCCUUCAUCAACAAAUACGCAGAUUGAGACCAAGAACCCUCGAGUCAAUCUCCUAGUUAGCAAAUGGCAGCAGGUCUGGCUUCUGGCUUUGGACAGACGAAGAAAACUCAACGAUGCUUUAGACCGACUAGAGGAGUUGAGAGAAUUUGCCAACUUUGACUUUGACAUUUGGAGGAAACUUUAUAUGAGAUGGAUGAACCAUAAGAAGUCUAGGGUAAUGGACUUCUUCCGUCGUAUUGACAAAGACCAGGAUGGAAAGAUAACCAGGCAGGAGUUCACUGAUGGAAUUCUUUCCUCAAAGUUCCCAACUAGCCGUUUGGAAAUGAAUGCUGUGGCUGACAUCUUUGACAGAGAUGGAGAUGGCUACAUUGACUAUUAUGAGUUUGUAGCAGCUCUUCAUCCCAACAGGGAUGCCUACAAGCCACUUACAGAUGCUGACAAGAUAGAGGACGAGGUGACUCGUCAAGUGGCAAAGUGUAAGUGUCCAAAACGGUUCCAGGUGGAACAGAUUGGAGCUAACAAAUACCGGUUUUUCCUUGGAAACCAGUUUGGAGAUUCACAGCAGCUGCGUCUUGUUCGUAUCCUGCGCAGCACUGUUAUGGUUCGUGUGGGAGGUGGAUGGAUGGCACUUGAUGAGUUCUUAGUGAAAAACGAUCCUUGCAGAGCCAAAGGCAGGACAAAUAUGGAGCUUCGGGAAAAGUUCAUUUUACCAGAGGGCUUGACACAAAUCAUGGGUAGCUUCCGAUACCGGGGACGUAGGUCACGGCCAUCCUCAAGAGCUGCUUCUCCGAACAGAUCCAACUCCAGUCACUGCUGUGUUUCCGUCCCACCACCUCACAACCUAACCGCUGCCAGCACCCCAAAGAAUCCCCAACAUAUAACCCGCAAUUAUGAUAAGCCAUGGUUGACAAACAGCAAAACCUCUGCACCUGUUAGGUCACCAGAAUCCGCUGAAUGUCAAGUUUCAUCUACAGAGGGUACACCAAUACAAGGAAGCAAACUCCGUCUUCCUGGAUAUUUGUCUGGAAAAGGCUUUCAUGCUGGAGAGGAGGGCAGCCUCAUUGCAGCAGCAGCUUCCAAAGCCAGAACUCAGUCAGCAGAAACUAAGAAGACACCGAGCAGGCCUGGAAGCCAGGCAGGGAGUAAGGCCUGCAGCAGAGCAAGCAGCCGACGAGGCAGUGACGCCUCAGACUUCGACAUUUCAGAAAUCCUAUCUGUGUGCUCAGACAUGUCAGAGACUGUACCAGACUUGAACAAAACAGGGCUGAGGGCUGUACACCGGCCCUCUUCUGCCAAGCCUUCUAAAAUCCCCACGCCUCAGAGGAAGUCCCCCGCUGUUAGUAAACUGGCCAAGGCUUCCAAGAGAUAGUUGGGACAGGCUCAGCAGAAUAACUACAACGUGCAUUAAUAUUUAAGGUUGUGAGGUGUAAAAUAUUCGGUUGAAAUGAAUGUGUAAUAUUGAGGCAGAUUUGAAUGCAGACAGCCUUAUGUGUACUGUAUGUGUCUUGUUUUUUUUAUUUUAUGUGAAUAAUGUUGUGUCAGAUAUUAUUAUUAUUAUUAUUAUUAUUAUUAUUAUUAUUAUUAUUAUUAUUAUUAUUAUUGAUGCCAUGUCCUUAAGAGGGCAAAAUGAGAGACUUUAUAAUGUAAGUUAAACUAACAUUUUUACACAAUAAUGUGUAACUGUAACACUAAAUAUUGCUGAGAAACAGCUACUGAAUGUACUAUAAUUUUCUGGAAUUUAACUUGUCUAUUUAAGUAAGGCAAUUCUUGGCGAUAACAAUUAAUUUAUAUCUUCUGACAAUGCAACGAAGAGCAGUCAAAACAUAUAAAAAGAGACAGUUCUGGAUUGACUCACUAAACACUAAGAUAAGGUUUCAGACGAAUGUGCAAAAGGAUAUGAAGUUAAUAAUUCAUACAGCAGAAAAUUGAAAUAAAAAAGCAAAGAGUUUUAUUCACAAAUCAUAAGCACUUACAAAACAUAUUAUGUUAAAAUACCUUGCAGGAAAUUGUGCCAUUUAUUUAACUGUGACUAGGGCCAUACAGACUCCUAGUAACUAAAAUACUAGUAUGAAGUGCAUUCAUGUCAAUGUAUGGUUUUCAUUUGCUUGCAGAAAGCUAAAAAUGAAUCAUUCUUCAUUUUUUUUAUUGAGGGCUUUCUCAAAAACAAAAAAGAUCAUAUUCACAAAGCUGUAACUCAGAAGAGGCCCAUUUUGGCGGAUUAAAUAAAAAUUGCAAUUCAUAAAA